UUAUUUCCUUGAGUUGUAUUUUCAUUUAAUAAACUUUUCAAAAGAAAAAUAUGGAAAUGAUAUUGAUCAAAAGCAUGACUUAUUUAUUGUGUAUUAUUCUCAGUGUCAUGCAAGUAAAAGGUCUUGCAUAUGGAGUUUGUAAAGUACGAGAAAGAUCAGUAGGAGACAAGAUAGUAAAAGUGGAGGGUUGUUGUAAUAAUUUUUACAAGAAGAAUGAAGUCUGUGUUGAAUGUCCGAUUGGCCAUUCUUCGGAGGGGAAACAGUGUGAAAAAUGCGUAAAUGGACAAUAUGGAGUAAAAUGUGCAGAGUUGUGCCAUUGUAACGCCACGGAAAGGUGUGAUCAUGUGAGGGGAUGCAUUACUGUUACAGUGGAUGACAGGACUGAGAAGACAAAUCCUCCAAUAGAUAGUUAUGCACCCGAACAGGCUGCCGAACAUGACGAUGUUGUUACUUACAUGACAUGUGUAGCAGUUGGAAGCGUUUUAGUUGUCAUCUGUGGUCUACUCGCGAAGAACAGAGAAGCAGUUUGUAGACGAAAUGGUAGUAUCACUGCCAUGGAAAAUGAAAUAACGAAGAGAAAGCGACCAAAUUUCGGCCCUUGUAAAAUCAAUGGUAAAGAUAAAAAAGAAAGCUUGUAUGCGGAAAUAAACGAAAAGUAUAUGAUCAACUUCGACGGAGAAUGAAUCAGAACGUAGCAACAUUUCAUUUUUUUUAUUACAAGAUGACAUAAUAUUUGUUUUAUAUUUGUGUGUAUAGUUCUUUUUUUUUUGUUAAACUCUUUCAUUUAUUACUUAUUUUCACUUUAUUUUUUAAUCGCUUUGAUAAAUAUUUAAAAAUG